AUGGCAACUGUUGUUGACAUGACUGAAGAUACAGUGUUAGUGGCUAUGGAGUCGACUGCUUGUGAACCUCAUCAUGUAGCUCUGCCAGAACUUUCUGGAGUUUCUUCCAUAAAUUCACAGAGUGAGAAUGCUGAAAUCCAUGAACAGCAGCAACUUCGAGUUUACUUGAAAGUGCGUCCUUUCAGUGAAGAGGAGCUAAAAAACAACGAGGAUCAGGGCUGUGUUGUAUUGGAAGACUCUGAGACCAUAGCUCUUCAUGCUCCAAAAGGAUCUGCCACAAUGAAAUGCAGUGAGAAGGGAAUUGGGCAACAGGUCUAUAAAUUUAGCUUCUCACAGAUCUUUGGCCCAAACUGUACUCAGACGGAGUUUUUUGAAGGCACAAUCAGUUCACAGGUGCAGGCCUUUCUUCAUGGCAAAAAUGCAUUAGUGUUCAGUUAUGGAGUGACCAAUGCUGGAAAAACAUACACAAUACAAGGUUCUCCAAAAGACCCAGGCAUUUUGCCACGUGCUUUAGAGGUUCUGUUCAAGCACAUUGGUGGUCAUCAGUAUGAGCACCUGGACCUAAAGCCAUAUUUAAGCUCUGAUGUGCAAAAACUGGACUCUGAGCUGGUCAAGGUAGAGAGGAAUGCCAAGGCUGCACUCUUCAGUUUGCUCAAAGAGGAUCCUGAACCCACAAAACUAAGAAAGAGAAGCUCAACAUCCUCAAUUAAUAGUUUGUCCUUUUCCAACGUUUCAUAUGACCAUACAGUUGACAGUGCUGAUGGCAUGGCUGAUGAAGCACAUUGUCUUUACUCUGUUUGGGUGGCGUUUUAUGAAAUCUACAAUGAGCACGUGUAUGACCUGCUUCAGCCAGCCCAUUCCAGCAAAACCAAAAGACGUGCUGCACUGAGGGUUUGUGAGGACAGUACAGGGAGCUCUUACAUUAGAGAUUUGAGGUGGGUUAAUGUGCAGAAUACCGAGGAAGCCAGUAAGGUUCUGCGUGUGGGCAAUAAGAACCGGAGUGCAGCAGCGACCAAGAUGAACCAGUCAUCCAGCAGAAGUCACAGUAUCUUCACCAUCAAACUGAUACGCAUUGAAGGAGCAGAUAUUCAGGGAUUGUCAGAACUUUCUCUUUGUGACUUGGCUGGCUCUGAAAGAUGCAACAAAACUAAAACCUUUGGAGAUCGACUGAAGGAAGCUGGUAACAUAAACAAUUCCUUGCUGAUUCUAGGCAAGUGUAUUGCAGCACUCCGGAAUAACCAAGGUUUCAGGACAAAGAGUUAUGUUCCUUUUCGAGAGAGCAAACUGACACGGCUCUUUCAAGGAAUGUUUUGUGGCCGUGGCAGGGCUUCCAUGAUUGUGAAUAUUAAUCAGUGUGCCUCAACGUAUGAUGAGACCCUCCACGUGAUGAAGUUUUCUGCAGUUGCUAAGCAGGUAUUACAGGUGAUUCCUCCAAGAUCUCUGGAGUCUCUGGCACCACGUCUGGUUGGUCUGGAUGGGAAGCCAUUGCUAAAGAAUGGUGUUAUUGAUGACCAGGCUGUGGAUGAUUACCUAUCAGAGGAAGAGCUGCUGGAUGGAGACGAGGCAGAUAUGUCCAUAUUACCUCAAGAGGAGUUGGUAAACUUGGUGGAGAGUUUGCGUGUAAAGUUGUUGGCUGAGCGUAGAAAAAAUCUGCUGCAAGAAAUUCAGAUUCGCAAGGAGAUGGGUGACGCGAUGUUGCAACAAAUCAUGGAGGCAGAGGAGCUGCACAGUCGUCAGAUGGAAGACCUAAAGGAGAGUUAUGAAGAGAAGAUGGACAGCACUUUUGAAAUGUAUAAAGAGGCAUUGAAGGAGCAUGCGUACCAGUGUGCUCUGGAGAGACUGGAAGAGGACUACAUCCCUAUAGAGGAAUACAAUGAAGAACACGAGAGAGUCGAGGCGCUAGAGAAGCGUGUAUGCGAGUUGGAACAGAAAUGCCGGUGUUCUGGUCCUCUACCCAACGUACAAGACAAUUCCAUGCAGACAAACCCACUGCCUACCACAGAAGAGUCUGGUGCUGAAAGGUUUAAACUGCUGUACAAGGAAAAGUGUGCAGUGGAGAACCUCUGUGUUGAGAAGCAAGAGUUCAUAAUGUCUCUUGAGCAGCGGAUUGGAGAGUUGAAUGACACUCUGCAAGAAGCUGGGGAGAGCUAUAUGGAAAAACUUGCAGAAGUUCAAAAUCUGCAAAACAGACUAUCAACUCGGGAGCAAGAGAUUGAAUGCUUGCAAAGUAACGUCAUGGCUAAAGAGAAGGAGAUAACUGGUUUGCGGGAGGAGAUCACAAAGUUGGCCAGUGAUUCUAUAGGGCAGCCUCGUCCAAGGUGUGGUCUGUUGGUCAACAUUAAAGAAUCAAUGACUCCGCCAUCUACAGGAAGUUUAUGCCGCACUAUUAGAAAGUCUGUUAGAGCAACAUCGCUAAGGAAAAAGGCAAGCUAAUAAUUGCAUGCCUGAGAGCUUUUGUUGUAGCUGUUUUUACUAGGUUUUUAAUUCAAUAAUAAAUGAUCAUUUUAAAUUGA